AUGUCUGCGAUUGAAUGGAUCAGACGUUUUUCAUCGUCCCAAGAAACAUCGUCGUCGUCUUCUUCGAAUAAUCAAAACUGUGAUUACGAAGCAUCGUCGCAUCAAACGUUGCAACACUGCAGCAACGGUGACCGUGGUGCUGCAGGCAGUACCGUGGCCGAAUCAUCAACUUGUACUGGCGGUGUUGUGGGGAGGGCUAGUGACACUGCUACGAGCAGUGCUAGUAGUACACCAAGACGGCGAAUUUUUGCAGCCAAAUCAGCGUGGGAUUCGGCGCGAAGACGAUUUUCACUGCCGGGCACAGCACAUCAUAGCCAUGCCACUGGUCAUGCUUUAGUACAACCCGCACAUCAUCCUUUUCCUUUUUCUCUCCAUCAUCACUGUUGUGGCGAUCCUGAACAGAAAACAGCUGCUGCUGCGGGAGCAAUGCAGCAUCAAUGCGAUCAAUGUGCAUUAUACACUUCACACCAGAAUGUUGUCGCAAUGUCAACAAAUACUAGUAUUUGCACUAGAGGUCAAAUGAAUAUGCUUAACGAUAACAUCGCUCCUCAUGCCACCAGUGAUUCAUCGUUGUCUCCCUCCAGUCAAACUCCAACCACCCUUAAGAAACAGCAACACAGUCAUGCACAUUUUCGUCAUCAUCACCAUCAUCCUGCAGAUGAAUCUGCUCAUGAGAAUGUGAAUCUUGUUCUUACAUGUAUGCAGCCAGCGAAUCUUAUUGAGAAAACACAAGAUGGACGUUCCUUGAAGAGGACGCCAUGUGCGUUAUUAUCGAGUGGAAUCGAACAUACUAAACGUGUGACCGUAGUGGAUCGACCUGGCCAGGAGAAAGCCCAUUACACCGGUAAUCGAACGCGACACAGGAACGGCAAUGCUCCGAAGCAGUCGGCAUUGGUCGGUUGCCGAUUGGUGACAACCGAAGUUCGGUUUGCCCAGGCCCCCGACCGAGCCAGCCCUUUCGGUGGCGAUCGGGACCCCGAUUCUCAGUCGGUAAUUCCCGACCGAAUUUUUGAGGAUCCUCGCGGUUUGUUGGCCACCGACCCAACUCUACGCUAA